AUGCCGAGCCCCUCGAACGAACUGCUCAUCCUGCACUUCGUCAUCCACGACGUGUACAACCGGAAGGAAAACGGAAUUUCUCUGCAUGAAAAGCCGUACAUCAAGUUUUACUGGAAAAAUAUCAAGUACAAAAAUUAUUUAAAAUUCUUUUCAGAUGAAAUCAACUGGUUUUGCGAAUUCUUCCUCCCAUACCAAAAUGGAGAUUAUAUAGAAAAUUUGAUAAUGCAAAUAUGGGCGAGUAGCUACUUGAGCAGGAAAAGAAAGUUGGCAUAUAAUUAUAUUAACAUAAAUGAUGUGGAGAGGAAUGGGAAAAUAAAUGGGAAGACAGAACUGAUUGGAAAGAGAAAAGGACUGAAAGUGAUUUACAGCCUCCAAAUUAUUUCCUACGCCUUGUAUAAGUUUAUGAAAAAUACCCAACUGUUUAUUCUAAGCAAAAUAUCCAUUUAUAAAAUGAUGCAGAUACAUAGGGAGAAUCAGAGGGAUCCUUGUCGGGAGCAGGAAAACUUGUUUGACAAAUAUAUUUCGUCCCUAUUUCAAAAGGAAAAUUACCAACGGAAAAACACUGCCUUGCGCUUGAAGACGGUUAGGCAGGGGCAUAACCCUAAAAAUGUCAUCAGCAUCAACGAUGUGCACACGCCCAUCAGGUUGAAAAUGAAGAAGAAACAAGGGGGGGGUGCACCAAACGAUUCGCUCGUGUCACCUCUGGUGCAGAAGGGCCUCCACGCGAAAAGGCCAACAGCGAAAAAUGGCCAAAAGGUUCAGGCGAAAUGUGGGAAGGUGCGCGAACGGGUCAAGGCGAAGAAGGCUGACCAGGGGGACGAAGUCAGGCAGAUCAGGCCGAAGGCUAAGGGGGGCGUGCGCCGAAAGGAGAAGCAGGACUUACCAGCAAAGAAGGCGGGCCAAUUGUCAGCAAAAGUGACGAAGGAAUUGCACACAAAGGGGAUGAACGAUUUGGCAUCAAAGGGGAUAAGCGAUUUGCCAUCAAAGGGGAUAAGCGAUUUGCCAUCAAAGGGGAUAAACGAUUUGCCAUCCAAAGAGACAGACGCACCCCCCUCACAAGAGAUGGCCCCUCUGCGCUCAAACACCAUGAAGGUUUUACGCGCAAAGGCGAUGGACGAACUGUGUGCACGGGCGAAGGAAAAGUUGCGCCAAAAAAACACAGAAGAGGUACUCCCACGGGAAAUAAAAACGACCACGGCAGAUACAACGGAAGUGGAAGAUUUACUGCAGAUGCAUGACGACGCACGGGUCACUUCCGAAAUAAAAAAGAAACUCGCCCCGUUGCGUGGAAACCCAAGUUGCAUGAAAAAAAAUUCCUUUUUCGACGUCGGCUAUAAAAUACAUAAGUCCACGCCGAAAAAAAUUGUCAAGUUCUGCAGCCUUAAAUUCGCCAAGCUGUACGAUGGGGAUGAGUUGGCGGAGGAGAGGAAGGAGGAGGAAGCUGCUGCUGGAAAGCUCGCCAUUCUGGAUGACGUGAUAUAG